AGAAAGAAGUGAAUAAAUUAUUAGUAAUGAAUCUAAAGAAGAAGAAUAAACUCUUUCUUCUCUCAAAGCCAAUGCUUCAUUCUUUGCUCUUUUGCUAAUGUGAAAUUUCCAUCUCUCUCUCUCUCUCUUCCUUCACUGAAAGAAUGGCCAAGUAUCACCGAAACGACAUCGGAUCCUUAGUCCUCGACCGUCAUUCCACCACCUCUGCUGUUACCCACUUCCGACUAUGUAAUGCCUUCUCCGGCUCUUCGCUCCGAAGGAAAAUCUUCAACGCUGUAAGCUGUGGCGCCAGUUCUCGCCAUCGUCAUCAGCUCAUGCAGGAAAUGCUCAAUGAGGCCGCCCCUCAGCCUAAGCCUAAGUCUCCUCCUACCACCAUCACAAUAAGGUCGGUCUUGAAAGAAUACAACGAACCCAAAAACACAGAUUUCAAAGUAGUGAAAAAAGCUGUCAAUAAUGUUAAACCCGAGAAAGUAACAUUAGCUAUGCUAGGAACUAUUCCCCCAUUGGUUGCGAUGCUUGAUUUUGAGGAUUCUGAUUUACAGGUCGCUGCUCUUUAUGCUUUGCUUAAUAUAGGAAUCGGAAAUGAUAUGAACAAAGCAACCAUUGUUAAAGCAGGGGCAGUGCAUAAGAUGCUAAAGCUUAUUGAACCCCCUAACGAGCCAAGUCAAUCAGUCUCAGAUGGCAUAAUAACAAAUUUCCUUGGCCUAAGCGCCUUGGAUUCGAAUAAGCCUAUCAUUGGAUCUUCAGGGGCUAUCCCUUUCUUGUUAAGAACCCUUAAGAUUUUGGAUAAGAGAAGUGGGUCUCAAGCAAGACAUGAUGCUCUUAGAGCACUUUACAAUCUAUCAAUCUCCCCAUCAAACAUUUCUUUCAUUUUGGAAGCUGAUUUGAUACCCUUUCUAAUGAAUACCUUGGGGGGCAUGGAAGUUAGUGAAAGAAUACUUGCGAUAUUUAGCAAUGUGGUGUCCACUCCAGAAGGUGGAAAAGGGAUUAGUGUUGCCCCAGAAGCAUUCCCAAUUUUGGUUGAUGUGCUGAAUUGGACCGACUCCCCAGGGUGUCCAGAAAAAGCAUCAUACGUUCUCAUGGUAAUGGCACAUAAAGCAUAUGGAGACAGACAGGCCAUGAUUGAAGCAGGCAUUGUGUCAUCAUUGCUUGAACUUACACUUUUAGGUAGCACGUUAGCACAAAAGAGAGCUUCCAGGAUUCUAGAGGUUUUGAGAGUGGAUAAAGAGAAGCAAGUUUCGGAUAAUUUCAGCUGGAAUUCAAGUGCAGCUGUGGCUGCUCCUAUUUACGGGUAUUCGUCGUCAUCGACGAAUCAAUACAGAAAAGAGUGCUUUGCGUUUGAAGAAGGGAUGAUGAGUGAGGAGAAGAAAGCUGUUAAACAAAUGGUCCAACAAAGUUUGUAG